AAAUAUUAGACCAAUGGACAAUUGAACAUGAUCACCACCUAUUUGUAAAUUUUCCCAUCCCAUAAUUUUGAAAAAAAUAAUACAAGAAAGAAAGUAUUCACCCUCUAUUCAAUUCUCCAACUGAAAUUCUAAAUCACCAUUUGAGAUGGCAUCAUUUGCAGGCACCACCCAGAAGUGCACAGCUUGCGAAAAGAAAGUGUAUUGGGUGGAACAGCUUACUGCUGACAACAAGGUGUACCAUAAAUCGUGUUUCAGAUGCCACCACUGCAAGGGCACCCUCAAGCUGGGUAACUAUUGUUCCUUUGAGGGUGUCCUAUACUGUAAGCCCCAUUUUGAUCAACUGUUUAAGAUGACUGGAAGCUUGGACAAAAGUUUUGAAGGUAUUCCAAGAAUUGCUAGAGUUGAAAGAUCUGCUGAUCAGGUCCAAAACAACAAGGUUUCAAGAUUGUUUUCUGGAACUCAGGAAAAGUGUGUUGUUUGCAAGAAAACAGUGUACCCAAUUGAAAAGGUGGCUGUUGAUGGGAAAUCUUACCACAAGUCUUGUUUCAGAUGCACCCAUGGUGGUUGUGUAAUUAGCCCAUCAAAUUAUGUUGCCCAUGAACAUCUUCUCUAUUGCAGACAUCACCAUACUCAGCUCUUCAAGCAAAAGGGUAACUUCAGUCAAUUAGUGAAGCAUGAAAAUCUCCAACUCACCACUCAAAACACCACACAACAUCCAACUAAUGGUACUGCAACUCCACCUCAUCACUCUUCUUAGCUGUCAUCAACCGUUAGAAGUUGAGUUUUAAGCCUAACUCAACUCCACAAAAUCGGCUUGUAAGGUGAGGUUUUGUAGCUCACUUAUAUACUAUAAAUUGGUCUUAUUUCUAGUUGAUGUGAAACUUCCAACACACCUCCUUCACGUCAAGAUAUAGUCAUCUCGUGCUUGAUCAUAGAAAUUGGGUGGCCUUAAACCCACUUUCUAAUAUCAACUUCUAUUUCUUUCAUUAUUUGUUAUAAUACUUGAGUGCCAAGCUUGUAACCACAACUUUAAACUUCUUUUGGAUUAUUUUUGUCAUUUUCACUUCAGAAGGAAUUCAUGUAUACUUUGUUCAAUCACUUCAAUUAAAUUCCUAUUGUUGGCCCCUUGGUGCAUA